AUGGCCUUCAUCUACAACAUCUACUUCCAUCCGCUGCGUAACUAUCCUGGGCCUCUGCUAUACCGUGUCUCCAAGCUUCCUCGCACAUACAGUAUAUUCAGGGGCGAAUGGUCGCGAGAACUGCUCGGCCUUGCUGAGAAAUACGGCCCCGUCGUCAGGGUAGCGCCCAACGUCCUUGUAUACACCACUUCGGAUGUCUGGAAGGAUGUCUACGGUCACCAUAACGGCGCCGAUGUCAAGGGCGAGGAGUUUGGGAAAGAUCCACACUUCUACAGAACCAAGGGCGUCGAACCCAACAUCUUGGCCGAGUCACGAGACAACCACGCCCUCAUCAGACGCCAGUUAAGCCAUGGCUUCAGCGAGAAGUACCUCAGGGCGCAGGAACCCAUCAUCAAGGGUUAUGUCGACAUGUUCAUCAACGGCUUGCGGGACCGAUGCGUCGCUGAUGAAUCAUCGGAAAAGUCGGUGGCCCCGACUAAGAAAACAGCCUUUGAUAUGCGGCAUUGGUUCAACUUUGUCACGUUCGAUGUCAUUGGCGACCUGGCCGUCGGUGAGCCGUUCGGAUGCCUGGAACAAGGAAAGCUCGAUGAGCGCGUGGCGUUCAUUGAAAAGGGCAUCCAGACGGGCAGUAUUGCGUUUGUCCUCAAGGACAUUGGGCUCGAGCGAUGCACACAGUGGCUGGCCCGCAGGCUCGUCACGUUCAGACGCACGGUGAAAGACAAGAUGUCGGCCGUGCUUAGACGACGCAUGAGCAUGACUAUGGAGAGGCCAGACUUGAUCGAGGGACUACUGAAGAAGCAGAAGGAUUGGGACAUUUCAUUCGAAAGACUGAGGACCAACACUACGUUUCUCAUCAUUGCCGGUUCGGAGACCACGGCCACGACCCUGGCCGGCUGCCUCUUCCUCCUUCUCAAGAACCCUUCCGCCCUGGACAAGCUGAAGAAGGAGAUCCGCUCUACCUUCCAAUCUGAGGACGAGAUCACUUUCGCAUCUGUGGAACGUCUUGACUACAUGAUUGCAUGCUUCAAGGAGACCUUCCGCAUGUAUCCACCCGUGGCUGGCGAAAUGCCCCGCGUCGUGCCCAAGGGCGGUGGGCACGUAGCUGGCCAGUUCGUUCCCGAGGGCACUACUGUGGCCGCUGCCCAAUAUGCCAUGUAUAAUACAAGCAGAAACUUCAGCGACCCGUUCAGCUUCAAGCCUGAGCGAUUUCUUGAGCCCGAGAAGUUCCCUAACGACGAUCGGAACGCUCUGCAGCCGUUCAGCUCUGGCCCCAGAAACUGUAUUGGCAAGAAUCUGGCAUAUGCUGAGCUGCGCACGAUGAUGGCCCGUCUCAUUUACAACUUCGACCUGGAGUUGGUCGACCCAGACGACGAUUGGAUGAACCAAAAGGUCUUCUUCAUUUGGACAAAGCCGCCUCUGAAUGUAUACUUGACGCCCGUCGAGCGAUAA